AUGUACCAAUAUCGCCAAUCGCUACUCGCAAGUGUCGAGCAUGAAACGAUAAGUACGAAAUCCGUACCGCUCGCAUUUUGGUGUGUUCGUACACCGUGUUUACUGCCGCCGUUUGUACGUCCACCGUCGCGUACACGUCGCCGUGACCGUUCGUCCGCUAGCGGAUCUCGCCGACAUCGUCCAUUGAACCGCGCUCUCGCCCGACCCGUACCGCCGCCGAUGUAAACGGGCCCCCCCGACCGAAUGUGUUGGACGUGUUGAGAGCUGUUUGGGAUUACCUAGUCCGUGCCACACAACAUUGAUUGUCAGUCAUCAGAUGACGUCCAGCAUUUCGACUGCAAUGGAAUGCGCUAGCAUUGGUAUAGUCCCAACCUGCUUGGCGUUUGUGAAUUGAUUGCUGCAAUACACGAUAUACUCGUUAUUCUUCAAAAAUUAACAAUAAGACAAUUUAUCAUACACCUUUAUUUCAACUCUGCUAUGUGGCAUCAAUGCUGCAGAAGGCGGAGUUAGGUUUUUAUCAUUUGCAAACUCAGCAUGUCAUAUAGAACUAAACGUCAACCAAUUUCUAAAGAUGAAUGUCCAUUACCGACAAAGAGGCGGAAGGGGCGCCCUUCGACGCUACAGGAAGAAGAAGAAGCGUCCUCCUUAGAUACUCAAAGUGGCUCGCGUUCAGAUAUGAAAAUACCAUCAUCAAUUUAUAAUACAAGGAUUACAACUGAUGCACCAGCAGAAUUAUUUCGUAAAGACUUGAUCAGUGCCAUGAAGCUUCCUGAUUCUGAACAGUUAUCUACUGAUGCAUAUUGGAUUAUUAGUGACCAAUGGAAGCAAGAGUGGGAACGGGGUGUACAAGUACCCGUUAAUCCAGAUUCUUUGCCGGGUUCAAGUGUUCAUGAAAUUCCAGUUGUCUGCUUGCAGUCAUCAACUAAAUCACCUAGGCGUUCACCUUCAUCAAUUUAUCACUCUCAACAUAAUGAAUUCAAACUGCCCAAACAUAAAUAUAUUCGCAUCACCAAAGAUGAACAUUUUAAAACCGAAGAACAUCAACUGUCGCUUUUACCUUUAAAAGCAGAAAAAUCCUGUUCAUAUGAUAUGGAUGAUGUAGAUUCAGCUUGGUUAAAAUUGUGUAAUGGUGAAAGAUCAUUAGGAGGCUUCCCAAAAAUAAAAGAUGAUCAAUUUGAGCAUGUUAUGGAAGAAUUAGAAAUGAGAUGCUGGGAAAAAGUGCAAACAAUAAUUAAGGAAGAAGAAGGCCUUGGAAUCGAAUAUGAUGAAAAUGUUAUCUGCGAUGUGUGCCGUUCGCCUGAUUCAGAAGAUGGUAAUGAAAUGGUGUUUUGUGAUAAUUGCAAUAUUUGUGUUCAUCAAGCAUGUUAUGGUAUUACCACAAUCCCAUCUGGGUCAUGGCUGUGUCGUACAUGUACUUUACGUUUUCGUCCUGAAUGUGUACUCUGUCCAAAUAAAAAUGGUGCAAUGAAAUGCACUCGAUCAGGUCAUAAAUGGGCUCAUGUAUCAUGUGCAUUGUGGAUACCAGAAGUUAGCAUCGGGUGUGUAGAAAAAAUGGAACCUAUAACUAAAAUAUCAAGUAUACCUCCUAGUCGAUGGGCCCUAAUAUGUGUAUUGUGCCGAGAACGAGUUGGAGCAUGUAUUCAAUGUUCAGUUAAAACAUGCAAGACUGCAUAUCAUGUUACUUGUGCUUUUAAGCACGGUCUUGAAAUGAGAGCUAUUAUUGAAGACGAGAGUGCUGAAGACGGAGUUAAAUUACGGUCGUAUUGUCAAAAACAUAGUGUAACUAGUAAAAAAGAUAGAAAUUCUGGUUCAGAAGAUGAAGAUUCUACAAAAAGGAAACGAAAAGAUAUGACUUCUGAAGAAAAAAAUCAAGCUAGAGCAGCCAAGCUGCAAGAAAUCGAAGGUGAAUUUGAAAAGCAUGUUAGUGUCAUUGAUGUUACACAAUGUCGUGAUGUUGAUAAUGAUGGUAUUCUAUACAUUUAUAAUUAUUGGGUAUUAAAAAGAAGAUCUGGAAAUAACAGACCUUUGUUAUUACCAAAAUCUGAUGACGGUGAUCUUCUUGGAAGACAGCAAGAACAAGCAGAUUUAGAAAAACACAAAAUGUUUGUACAACUUAGACAAGAUUUAGAAAGGGUACGGAAUUUGUGUUACAUGGUCAGCAGAAGAGAAAAGCUUUCUCGUAAUUUACUCAGCUUACGUGAGCAAACUUUUCACAAACAAGUUGCCGUUCUUUCAGAUACCAAGCUUAAUCUUAGUUCAGCAGAAGUAUCAGCUGUCCAGGAAGCUAAUCAUGGACCAUCAAUAUAUGAUCGAUUAUACUCGUAUCCUGAUGCUCCAGACUUAAGCACUGAUUUUGAAACUAUGUUAUCUCGUAUUGCUGGUGCUGGUUCACCAGAAAAAUCCAAUUAUACUAGUUUGAAAUGGCCCUCAAGUAAUAAUCCAUAUAAACGGUCUUAUAUCAAUGGGUCUAUACGAUACUCAAGUAUGUCAAGCAGUAGUGAUCUUGAACUAAAACCUCCAAGACUAAUAAGUAGUGAACGAUCAAGUAUGGAUGAAGCUGAACUAAUCAAAUCUAUGUUGAAUAAACGUAAAUUAAAAGAAAAAAGGCUGAAUAAAAAACGUUCGAAAACAAAACUUUCUACUGAUUCGUCUACUGAAGAAGAAAAUGAUAAAGUAAAACAAAAAUGGAAUGUAUCACCUAAUAAAAAAUUAUUACAGAUAGAAAAGCAAUUUGGUAGUGAAGAUAGCGAAGAUGUUUCUUUACCUAAACUUUCAUCUAAACGUCCAACUAAGGUAAAUAAUAUUUAUUCUGACUCAGAUUCUGAAGUAUCAACCAAAGAUGAUAGUAUCUCUUACACACAUACGAAAGCAGCAGUUAAAGAGUUCUCUCAAGGAAAGUCUAAAGUUAAAGUUAUAAAAGAUAAAAGUACUUCUGUUGCUAAACCUAAAGAAACGCUAUUGGAGAAGGAUACUAAAAAAAUCAAAAAAGACGAUGCUAAAAAUAAUACUACGGUGCCUUCAGAACUUAUUGUACCUCAAAGACAAGCUGCUAAGAAAGCUACUGAAAGUAUUCAUCGGGUGCAUAAUAAGCAUGAUGAAAUUUCAAAUGAAAAGAAAUCACCAGAAAAAUUAUUUUCAACACAUAAAAAAUCUCCUGAAAGAGUUACAUCUAAUAUUAAAUCACCAGAUAAACAACCUACUAAAGUUAAUAAAAUUAAAAACACUGAAAAACUAAGUUCAGUAGAAAAAGAAUCUGAUCCACAAGAUUCAUUCAGUAUUGUUCCACAGAGGCAAGCCGCUAAAAAAGCCAUUCAAGGUAUUAAGAGUGGUAUGACAAAACCUGUUGAAGAAACCAAAGUAUCUGAUUCUGUUAAAAAAGACGAUUCAACUAUUAAGUCUAAACGUAGUACAAAGUCUUCUUUAUCCUCUACAUCGAGUAGUAGUUCUUCUAGUAGUUCAUCAAGUACUUCAAGUACGUCUAGUUCUUCAUCUUCAUCUGGAUCAUCUACUUCUGAAAGUGAUACAGAACCAGAGAAGAAGAAUAAAUCUAUUGAUCGUAUAAGCCCACAAAAAGAAAUUAAUAAAUCUAAAAGCCCUCCUAAAGCUAAAGGUUGGUUAUCAGAGAAUAAGCCAAUUAAAAUUAGUUCCUCCUCUAGUAGUGAGUCUGAUAAAGACCAAAAAGUGAUCAGGGCGCCAGACAAGAAGCUUAAAACUUCCGACAGGCGGCCUGAACACAGGUUUCAGGAUCCGCCACCUAAGAGAGAGGAAUCUAGAAGAAAAUCGAUUGGAAGUGAUCGAUGCGAUACUGUUCAAAUCAUCACAUGUGGAGAUUCUAGUGUCGGGGAUGAUGGAAAUAGAAAAUCGAGCGAUAGUGACCACGUUGGAACAUCAACUAGUCAGCCGGACGGAACUAAACAAGAAACGAAACAGCCCAUACAUGCAGUUGAGGACAAAGAGGUUGAGAAGAAGUUGAAACUUGAUGAUGGUGAUCAAAGAGUUCUCAAAGAAGACCAUGGCCUUAAUAAAAAUAUUCAAGAAGUGAAAAAUAAAAAUGUAACACCAGUACAACAUACAUCUGAUAAAGAAAAUAAGAAAACCGAUGAGUUAAACUUGUAUUUACCAGGUGGUCAUCGUUUAAAUGAUCUCAAAGAUGAAAAUUUAUUAAGUUCUUCAUUUUUAACCAGACAAGAUAUAGAACGAGAAUUGGUUAAUAAUAUUGAUUACGAUAAUAAGAAAUUCUCUAAAUUGCCAUUCAACUGUAGUAAUCAUUAUUCCGGAGGUCAAAGAUCAAUAUUUUCUCCACAACAGUGUAAUAAAGAUAUUCCAGAUUUUGACUUUGAUAAUGAUAUGCUUGCUGUUGAACAAGCAGCAAAUGAAGAAGGAUUUGGCUUAACAAGAGAUACAGAUGUUCGAAAUGCUCCAUUAACUUUUACAUUCAACAACGAAUUCCUCUUCAAAGACGAUUCUAAAGAAGUUACAGCUAGAGAAACAUUAAAUCUCGUUGAAAAGUUGAGAUUAGGAAUCACCAAAAAAUCUGUUCCAUUAGAAAAUGAGAAUAUAGAAAAUAUUGAGUUAAACGAUACUCCUAAAAUACUUGAACCACCUAAACCAUCUGAACCAGAACAAAAAACAGAUAAUAUUCUUUAUAAUGCAUACAACAAAUUCCAUCAACAGUCCAAUGAAGUAGUAGAUGUGAAUAAAGUUCCAGAACGAGAUAAAUUGGAUAGGAGUGAAAGUGCUUUAUCUGAUGAGAGGUGGGUACCACCAAGUCAACGUAGUCAGGCAGAAUCUCCUUAUCAGGAUAUUAAUGAUGCCAAUCGUUGGUCAGAUAGCGUUGUGAUGCCAUCUCGACGUUCAGAUACUUCAAAUGAACCAUCUCCAGAACAUAGAGAUCCAACUACAACAGAGUCAGUAUAUCAAAAUAUACACACGUUUCCUACAUCUGUUCCGAUGCAAAUGGACAAUAUGCAGUAUUCUCAAUAUUCGGAUCCAUCAUUUAUAUUGAAUCCACCUACUAAUAAUCAGUUGUCUUUUAUGUCGUCUUCGAGAACUUUUAAUCCUCAGCAAUUUGCAAUACCUCCACCAUUCUCAGCUCAUCAAUCAUUGAUGCCAGAGUUAAAUAAACCAUUACAUUUGCAAACUCCUUGUACAGCAGCCUUCACUUCGUCAACCCAAAAUAUGGCAUUUACUGCAGCCAUGAUAUCUCCAAUGACACAUCAUGAUAAUUUUAUUCCACCAUUUAAUGAUAUAAGUAUGUAUAACGAAAGCAAUCUUUUGGUGGGUUCUGGUACUAAUAAUUUAUCUACACAUACAGAAUCAGUGAUGCAUACUGUAUUCAAUGCAAUUAAUCAAGCAUCUAUGAUAGAUAAUCAACUUUCUAUUUUACCAACAAUUCAAACUCCCAGAGUCUCUACCAGUAAUCAAAUGUCUGGUGUUCACAAUCAAAUUCCAGCUUCAACAAAUAACCAAACCCAAGAGAUAAAAGUACAAUCGACCUCAAAUCAACAUCAAAUACCAGUAACUUCAAAUAACCAAACUGAAAUAACUCUUGCACAAUCAAUUUCUAACAACCAAGAGCCUGUUUUUAGUCAAAGUAAAAUUACUAGUGGACAAGUAACGUCCACCAUUCAAUUAACCACACCUAUAUCAAACCAAAUGCCAUUGAAUAAUCAACAGUCUAUUCCAGAAGUACAUACACCAUCAAUAUGUCAAGCAGAAGUUAGUCAAAACAUCAUUAAUCAAACACCAAUACAGACACCUAUCAGUGUCAGUCAAGUAUCUAAUCAAACUACUCCAAGUAUACCAACUCCUAAACAAUCACCUGCUCUUCCAACAACUCCUUUGCCAGAACGAUCCCCAAUGUCCAUUAUUGCUUCAUCUCCUUCUGUGACUAGUUCACCUCAUCCUAAUCGCACACCUUCUGAUAAAAAGUCUCCUUCUAAACCAACUCGAUCUUCUAGUCGUGUUACUGCUCAAUCAUAUAAAUCACCUGAAAUAGUUGAUCAUUCACCAGAAAUUAAAAAGCAGAACAAACGAGGACCAAAACCUCAGUCCAAAACUUCUGGACGUGGUCGAGGUCGUGGGCGUGGACGUUCAUCGAAUCAUUUUACUGAUUAUAAUCCUGCUGUUAGUAAACUUGCUGGUACUGCCUAUGAUCUUGAUUUUGUUGAAGAAUUUGGUAAUGAUAAUAAUGGUGUUAUGGAGAAUCUUCGAGCAAUGCGUGAACGUAAAAAGUCUGAUGUUAAAGCUGAUAGUAAAUCACCUGUAUCGCCUAAAGUGCAUAGCAGCCCUAAUAACUACAGGAGAAAACAUGCCAGUAUAAAAGAACUUAAACCUCCUUCCCCCAUUAUAGAAACUACUAUUGAAGAUCCACCUGCUCCGAUAAUAAUUGAUGAACUGACUCCUAUGUUACCAGGGCCCGUUGAUAUGAGAACAUAUGAUUCAUAUGACAAUGCAACAUCAUAUUCCGAUAACAUUUAUGAUACCAACACUAAUGUUGAUGAUAAAGUAACUGAUAUUGUGAAUACCUUAAAAGAAGACUUACAGAACUUAUCAAAAUUAUCUUCCAAAGAUAAAGAUAUUGAAGAUCAAUUAGUUUUAAUGGAUGACCAGAUCAAGAUAGUUAAACUCCCACUUCCUGUUGAAAAAGAACCAGUAGCAUCAAGUACAGUAUUGCAAAGUGAUUCUAGGAAUCAACUUAAAGUUAAAAUAAAAGGUCCUUUCUUAAAUGCUAAAUACAACAAUGUUCAAAAUCAGCCAAUAUUACCAACAAUUGAUACAUCGGCUAUAAGUAUGAAUAUACCAAGUCAUUCAGUUCCUCCUUCAGAAGCUGCUAGUGUACCCUCGAAUUUCAGACAAAUGAGGAAAAAAGAAUUACUUCGGCAAUAUUGUAAUCAACAAGAUAAUAUCGAACAGACAACAAACCAUCCUGUAGUCCCUCCGCUAAGUCGAAAUAUCAUUACCAUACCAAAAGCAGUAGCAUCAAUGACUACGAUCCCUACCAAAGAAGACUACAAAGCAGUGGUAGAUGCUAAUAUGGAAAAGAAGCGUACUAAAUAUGGAUCUGAUGAUCCAAAAUCUAAUUACUUCAAUAAUAUUCGCAAAGAAGCUACAACACCCAAAAUAAAAAUAAAAAUUGGUGGGGAACAGCCAGUAGUGACAACAAUGGAAGAAAAACGUAGUCUCCGUCCACCUAAAAAAAGAAUUUGUGAUACUCAAAAUGAUGACACUAAUCAUUUGAUAGCACCUACUAUGGAACAGUUAAGGCGAGACAGUAUGAAAUUCAGAAAGAAAGUGUUUGCUCGUUUUGAAGAAGAUGCAUUAGCAUCCACUUCAAUUUCUAUAGCUCCUGUUACAAAAAACAAAAAGAAACGUCGGUCUAGUCCAUCAGUAUCUAGGAAAAAGAAACCGCGCACAAAUAAAGAGAUAUCUCAGGUUCAAGUGAUAGAGGCUAAAGAAAGCACUCCAAAAUUGAUUAUUAGAUUCUCAAAAGCAGCACCCGAUGAAGCUGAAGUAAGUGCAGUUGUUACAGAGCCAAAAAAAGCUUCCCCCAUUAAAUUGAAAAUAUCUAGAUGUAAAGAAGGAUAUGUUAUGAAACCUCCUAGUAACCAAACAAAUCCUGACACUUCAUUAAACAAUAAUUGUGAAGUUCGGUGACGGUAAAAAUUCUUAUAAUUUUAGAUCAAUCUUAUCAUUGAUAAGCAUUUUGUGUAUAAAAAUUAAUAAAAUGUAAUUUAUUUAUUUAAUUUUAG